AAAUAAGUAAUGACGCCACUCUGACACUUGAAACCGGCGCGCGCCUUUUCCCCAACCUCACGUGACCCAACCAGGAAGCACAGUCGGAGUCAGGAGGACUCACUUGUCUGUACAUGUCUUUGCUCGAGAAAGUUGUAUGUUUCUGUUAGCUCUCUCGGUCCAGAAACAUGACAGACAUUUUAUUAAAAAUAAAAAACGGCGUGGCCGAGAAAAAGAAGACAGCUGUGGCUCAGAGCGACCUGCAACAGUGGGGUUUAAGAGGGAUCCAGCUGAGACCUUACCAGCUUGACGGUGUGCAGUGGUUGACUCAGUGUCUGAAGAACCAGCAAGGAUGCAUUUUAGGAGACGAAAUGGGUUUGGGAAAAACCUGUCAGACGAUCUCUCUGCUGGUGUACAUGUCGGGAGCUCUCGGGAAGAAAGGUCCAUUUUUGGUGCUGAGCCCACUCUCUGUCAUGGAGAACUGGAGAAAGGAGUUAGAAUGCUUCGCCCCUGCUCUGACUGUGCUGUGUUACAAGGGAGACAAAGAGAGACGAGCUGAGCUUCAGAGGGAAACAGACUCUCAAGACUUUAAUGUUCUGCUCACCACAUAUGAGCUGUGUCUCAAAGAUGCUUCAUUCUUGAGACGGUGGAAGUGGAAGGUGCUUGUGGUAGACGAAGCUCACAGACUGAAGAAUCAGAAUUCAUUAUUGCACAAAGUCUUGACACAGUUCUCAGUUGGUUUCAGAGUCCUGCUGACAGGGACCCCCAUCCAGAACAACCUGCAGGAGCUCUACUCCCUGCUGAGCUUCAUUCAGCCCAGCAUCUUCACAGCUGAUGGGACGGACAACUUCACCGACUCUUACUCUAACGUACGAAGUCAACCUGCCCUCGCUGCUGAGCUGCAGAGCAUCCUGGAGCCCUUCUUGCUUCGUAGAGUCAAGUCAGAAGUAGCUGUAGAUCUACCGAAGAAGACAGAACUGUUGAUGUACCAUGGCAUGUCGGCCCUGCAGAAAAAAUACUACAAGGCCUUUCUGAUGAAAGAUCUGGAGGCUUUUGGAAAUGAACAGGGCAUCAAGAACCGGCUGCUGAACAUCUUGAUGAACCUGAGAAAGUGUGUUGACCAUCCGUACCUGUUUGAUGGUGUGGAACCGGAGCCUUUUGAGAUGGGGGAGCAUCUUGUUGAAGCCAGUGGGAAGCUUUGCCUUUUGGACAGCAUGCUGACUUAUCUUCACAAAGGGGGCCAUCGGGUCCUUUUGUUCUCUCAGAUGACGAGGAUGCUGGACAUCCUUCAGGAUUACAUGGAGUACAGAGGAUAUAGUUAUGAACGUCUGGAUGGGUCCGUCCGCGGAGAAGAGAGAAAUCUAGCAGUGAAGAACUUCAGCAGCAAGGAUAUCUUUGUCUUUCUGCUCAGCACUAAAGCAGGGGGAGUGGGCCUGAACCUCACAGCUGCUGAUACUGUCAUUUUUAUGGACAGCGACUUCAACCCUCAAAAUGACCUGCAGGCUGCUGCACGAUGCCACCGGAUUGGUCAGAACAGGCCUGUCAAAGUGAUCCGCCUUCUGGCAAGAGACACUGUGGAGGAAAUCAUGUACUCCCGUGCUGUAUCCAAGUUGCAUCUCACUAACACUGUUAUUGAAGAAGGACGCUUCUCUUUGCUGGACCAAGCUCAGUCUGCUGCUGCAGGACUGCAGCUUAGUGAGAUCUUAAAGUUCGGGGUAGAUAAGCUUCUGUCAUCAGAGGAGAGCUCUGUACAGGAUGUGAAACUGGAGAAGAUCCUCGGCCCGUCAUGUGACGGACAGUGGGUGGAUGAAGACUUCACUUCACUGAGAGAAGAGGAGGAGGAGAAGCAGGAGGAGGGGGAAGAAGAAGAGAGCGGCUCUGAAUCUGACAGGCACAACCACAUGUACUACUUUGAGGGGAAAGACUACAGUAAGGACCCCAGCUCUGAGGACCAGAAGAGCUUUGAGCUGUUGUUGGAGGAGCAGAUGGUCGAGUUCCAGAGAGCUGCAGGAGAGGGCCGAGCUCUGCGACACAAAGCCGGAGCUUCACUGUCAGUAGCCCUUGGUAUUCCAACGAGGAAGAGGAAACCUCUUACUGAGGCUGAGCUGGAGCUAAGGCGCCAGAGGAGAGAGGAGGCUGCAGCUAAGAGAGCCAAGAUGCAGGAGGACCUGAAGAAGAAGCAACAAGAGCAGAAAUACAAGAAAAAAAUGGCGUGGUGGGAGUCGUGCGGCUACAGGUCACGGUGCCUGCCGUCUGUGGACAGUGAAGAAGAAGAAGAAGAAGAAGAGGAGGAUGACUGUAGCGUGUGCUCCACAGACUCUGACAGCAGGGCCAUAAACUACGUCCUGGGGGAUGUUACUCAUCCCCAUGCUGCUCAGGAGGACGCUAUCAUCGUCCAUUGUGUUGAUGACUCAGGCCGGUGGGGCAGGGGAGGCUUGUUUACAGCUCUAGAGGUGAGAUCAGAUGAACCACGAAAGAAGUACGAAUUGGCUGGCAAGAUGAAAGAUUUGGACCUUGGAAAUGUGCUGCUCUUCCCCAUCGAUGACAAACAGUCCAGAUUAGACGGCCAGGAUCAAUUGGCCCUGAUCGUGGCGCAGCAAAGAGACAAAGCCAACAACUUGUCUGGGAUCCUUCUCACUGCUCUGGACGAAGGUCUGAAGAAGAUUUAUGCAGCAGCCAAAAGAAACAAGGCAAGUGUACAUCUUCCUCGCAUCGGACACUCCACCAAAGGCUUCAACUGGUACGGCACAGAGAGGCUCAUCAGGAAACACCUGGCUUCCCGAGGCAUCCCCACAUUCAUAUACUAUCACAACAGAGCAGUAAAGAACACAGCUCCGCCUCAGACAUCUACUUCUGCGACGUCAACAACCUCCCCCAAACCACAGUUGCAUAACUCCAACAGGCAGACUGAUGAAACAGAAGCAGAAAUGCCAGGCCCCUCCGCUCCUCUCCAGAGCCACGGCCCCACAGAGCUCCCUGAUUUCAUGGGAGGAGUCCGUGUGUUUUUCCUCAACCUGCCUGCAUCGGAGAGGAAGAGGCUGGCACGCCACCUCAUCACUUAUGAUGGAGAUGAGGAGGAGAUCAUGAGUCUGGAGGUCACCCACAUAGUUGCAGAGGUGGAGAACAGCAUCCACUCACAGGAGCUGCAGGAUCUGGUGCGUCAGUACCCCCAGGCUGUCCCUGUGCAGAAGGACUGGCUAGAGUCCUGCUUCUCCAAACAGCGAAAAGUCAACACAAUACUGUUCCUACAUCCGCUCAGAUAACACUGUUUCAUUGUUCUUUUAAUGUCUGAUUUUUAAACUAUACUUUUUUGUUAAGCUUAAAUGAACUUGGGUGGCUGUUGAAAUACACAAUAUACUACAUGUCAAAUCAUAUGAAAAACAAUAUGCAGUCUUUGAUUUAUAUGCAAAAUAAGGAGUCGAUAAACGAAUACUUGUCUCUUUC